CUAUGUUUGGUAAUCACCUCCAAACCACUUACCAUCACGUCAUCGGUCAGCUCGUUCUUUUGCGAUAUUUUGUUCACGCAACAUGCCGGAAUCUGCUGCUACAAGAUCUAAAUCAUCUUCCACACUUCCGAUUGUAACUAUCCAGCCCACUUUCUCUGAAGUAAUUGCCGACGUCCACUCUGGUGUCAUUCCUUCAGAAGAUAUCUGGAUAUCUUGCUACAGAAAGGCGUCCCCCUCCGUGCAUGGAAAAGUUUCUGUCGUUCUGGACGACAUAGAUCGCGAUCUUGUCCAAUUUCACACGAAAGAAGGCGACGUUAAGAUCGAGCCGGCAGGGGGAGAUCGUAAAUAUAAAAUAUCAUGUUCCGAGUUAGGCAUUUCCCACACGAAAACUUUCCUCCCGACACAUUCUUACACCACGCUUCCACAUCGAAUUACCGCAUUCGCACUCUCCCCCAACCGCUCCCAGUUUGCAUGUGGAUUCCUCGACGGUUCUGCGCAACUCUUUCGGGCCUCGCCGGCCCACGAAACUCCCACGGCAUUCUACCGAAGUCAUAAAUCGACGCUCACUUCGCUUCAGUUUUUCCCGUCUUCCCGUGUCCUCCUCAGUGCGUCUGCAGACUUUUCCCUGCAGAUUCUUCCCGCUGAUAGCGACGCGAUCACACCAUCCACAGAACCGGCCCGCACCCUUCGUGCCCACACUCGGCGCGUCACAGCAACCGCUAUCAUUGGUCCUGGUCGCUCCAUCCUUUCUGCAGCUCUCGACGGCACCCUUCGGCUCUGGGAUGUUCCAUCCGGCACACAGACCUCCAUGUUCCCGAUUUCGAGUGGCAUCAACAAAAUUACGCCCUCGUAUCUCGCAUUAGACUCUUCGGAGCCGAUAUAUACCGCACUGCAGGACGGAUCAUUCUCCUCAAUUGACCUGCGCGCCUCCCCCGAAUCAUCUUCAAUUUUCCGUUCUUCCCCAUCUACUAGCCCUCUACUUUCCAUUACCAUUAACAAUACUCAACUGGCAACGGGUUCCUCUCGGGGGGUGAUAUGCAUUUAUGACAUUCGCUCUCUGACUCAAGGACCCGUGGUCCAGUUUGCAAGAAACGAAGCUUCUGUGGAGGAUUUGGCUUUUCUCUCUCCGACGGAUGUGGCUGUGGGCGCAGAAGAUGGGCUGCCGUAUGUUACUUCUCUGCAAGGAGAAGAAGUUCGUGUCGAGGCGGAAAUAGUUGGUACGGACUGCGACGCAGUGAGACACGUACGGGUCACGGAUACUGGGGACAUCUGGACUGCAGCAGACGAUGGUGUAGUUAGGAAUUAUACGCCCUGGUAAAUGUUGUAAAGCGAAAAAAUGAUAUGUAUUACGAUGUGAAAUGUCAACUCAAAAAACAAAAUAGAAACCUAUAUCAUCGAUC